CUUGUCGUUACCAAGGCGAGACUGGAGUCAAGUAUAAAGGGAAUAACAUGGUGUCCCAGCGGCUGUUUAUGUUUACUUAAAGAAGACAUUUGGACGGAAGCUGUGCGGGACACUGCGGACUCUUCUUCGCUCUUUGCACUUUAACUUUUUUGUAUGUUCAGAUUUACACGGCCCGUGGCAUGUAGAUCUCAUAUUUCACUAAUGUGCCAGUCUUACAAAUGGAAAGGGGGCUUCACUUUGGAAACGUGAGCAUUUCCCUGGUGCUCCUCUUGUUGCUCAAAGCGCUCAUCGGAUUCGGGACUUCGCACUCGCAGGGCUCCGCCGUCGGGAGGGAGCCGCAGUCCGCCGCGCGGGGCUCCAGCUCGGAGGAACAUGGUGCCGGAGUCAUGGAGCGGGCCAGGGGCAACGUCGGCGCCCCGGUCAUCGUAGCAGACGUCACCGUGGAGGACGACGACAACGGGUCGGCGGGGGAGGGCGACGAGGCGCACGGAGAAAGUGGCGGAAACGUCCAACCGACGAGGUCUCUUGUGAUCAUCAGCACCCUGGAUGGGCGGAUCUCUGCACUGGAUCCUCACAACCAGGGCAGGAAGCAGUGGGACCUGGAUGUCGGCUCAGGGUGCCUGGUGUCGUCCAGCCUCAGCAAACCUGAGGUGUUUGGCAAUAAGAUGGUCAUCCCUUCACUGGAUGGUGCCUUGUUCCAAUGGAACCGGGACAGGGAGAGUAUGGAGGCAGUGCCUUUCAGCGUGGAGUCCCUGCUGGAUUCGUCUUACCGGAUCGGGGAGGACACCGUCCUGGUCGGGGGCAAAUCUCUCACUACCUACGGCCUGGGUGCCUACAGCGGCAAGCUUCGGUACAUCUGCUCUGCGGUGGGCUGCAGUCGCUGGGGGGAAGAGGAGCUGGAGGCCGAAGACGUGCUCCUGCUGCAGAGGACUCAGAAGACCGUGCGAGCCAUCAGGCCUCGAUCAGGGAUGGAGAAGUGGAACUUCAGCGUCGGCACCUUUGAGCUGAAGCUCAUUCCAGAGACACAGUCUGGGAUCAACUUCCUGGAGGGAGAAUUUGCUGGUGGUGAGCCCUGGAGGGAGAGUCAGCGGGUCAUCGUUGAUGAACCCAAAGAUCGAGAGCACACAGAGAACAAUCAGAACCAGAACCUGGACCUCGUCAUCAAAGUGUCUGUCCCUGACUGGAAGGUCAUGGCCUUCAGUACGGAGCCUGACGGGCAGCUGGUGUGGGAGCGUCAGUUCUGCACUCCCAUCGCUUCGGCUUGGCUGGUGGGCGGGGGCAAAGUCACGCCGAUCACCUUGUUUGACGACAAUGCCUACAGCAACCAGUCGGAAACCGAUGAAGAGGAUGACGACGACGAAUCCAAGCAGAACAGAGGAGAAGAGGAAUCCAGUGUUUACCUCGGGAUGUUCCAGGGACAGCUCUACCUCCAGUCCUCAGUGAGGAUCAGUGAAAAGUUCCCUUCCAAAGCUAUCGGAUCGGAGAAGGACAUCAUUCCACUGCCAACGGUCAAAUGGAAGCCUCUAGUCCAUUCCCCGUCUCGGACACCAGCCCUGGUCGGCUCCCAUGAAUUUGACAAGUGUCUGAAUAAUGACAAGUUCUCCCAUGACGAGUACAGCAACGGAGCCCUGUCCAUCCUCCAGUAUCCGUAUGACAACGGAUACUACUUCCCCUACAGCAAGCGUUACCGGGAGAAACGUGAAAGUGCCAUAAGCCUGAUAAAAGGAAACGGUGCAGGGGGUGACAGCCGCAGGAGGAAGGACCCCGUGCUGCUGCUGCCAUGGUGGAAGGAGAUCCUCGGCACCAUCGUCUUCUGCAUCGCCGCCACCACCUACAUCGUCCGCAAAUUCUUCCACCCUCCCGCCCCUGUGGCCUAUGUGAGGCAGCGGAAAGAGUCGGAGACACAGUGCCAGACCGACUGCAAGUUUGACCUUGAGGUUGUGGAAUCCAAAGAGCCUGUUGCCAUGGAGACCCGCUCCAGUGAAUAUGUGUCCAGGUACCUGACUGACUUUGAGCCAGUGCAGUGCCUCGGCCGCGGGGGGUUCGGCGUUGUGUUUGAAGCCCGCAACAAAGUGGACGACUGCAACUACGCCAUCAAAAGGAUCCGUCUGCCCAACAGAGAGCUGGCUCGUGAGAAGGUGAUGCGAGAGGUGAAGGCGCUGGCCAAGCUGGAGCAUCCCGGGAUUAUCCGCUACUUCAACGCCUGGCAGGAGAGCCCCCCCGAGGGCUGGCAGGAGGAGAUGGACCAGAGGUGGCUGAAAGACGCCAGUACCACCGACUGGCCAAUGAGCUUCCUCGACCACAUGGAGGCGCUGUCAGUCAAAGUCCCCGUGUCCAGCUCAGUGUCUCCCUCCUCUGGACCUGGAGGAGACGUCCUGGAGGCCUCCGUCGACGCACAGGCUCUGCUCUCCAGCAGCGCCAGCGGUGCUGUGGGUUUCAGCAUUGGUGACGGAGACCUGUCCUUCCACCCGCUGCUGGGCCACGACAGCCUGAUGUCUGAGAGGGACAGCCAGGCCGACCCCGACGCCUCAGACACCCCCCACUCCUUCGAGCUGUGUCCCCCACGUGGCCCCAGCGACUGCACCUCUUCUUCCUUUGACAUCGUGUUCGAGGACUCGGGCUGCGACCGAGACGCCGACGCAGACACAGACUCGGCUUCCGGCGUAGCCAGCCCGAGCACGACGACGGAGAAGAACAGCUCAUCUUCCUCACGCACCAGACGACAGGAAUCUGUCCCGCCCUCCUCUUCCUCUCCCCCUCGGCCAACCUCACUCACACUGGCUCUCCCAACGACUCCUCCGACUCAGAGAGUUCAGCCAUCGCCAAAGGUGUACCUGUACAUCCAGAUGCAGCUCUGUCGGAAGGAGAACCUGAAGGACUGGAUGGCUCAGCGCUGCCUCACGGAGCAGAGGGAGCACAACCAGUGUCUGGAUAUCUUCGUCCAGAUCGCAGAGGCUGUCGACUUCCUGCACAGCAAGGGCCUCAUGCACAGGGACCUCAAGCCCUCCAACAUCUUCUUCACGAUGGACGACGUGGUGAAGGUGGGAGACUUCGGCCUGGUGACGGCCAUGGACCAGGAGGAAGAUGAGGACGAGCCGAGCGCUCUGACGCCCGCCCCGCUCCUGACCCGGCACACGGGCCAGGUGGGCACCAAACUGUACAUGAGCCCCGAGCAGCUCUCUGGAAACUCGUACUCUCACAAAGUGGACAUUUACUCUCUGGGUCUGAUCCUGUUCGAGCUGCUGUAUCCUUUCAGGACGCAGAUGGAGAGAGUGAGGACGCUGACAGAGGUGAGAGCGCUGCGCUUCCCUGAGGUCUUCUCCAAAAACAACGUGCAGGAGCUGAGCAUGGUGCGCAGCAUGCUGUCCUGGAGCCCCGCCGAGCGCCCCGAGGCCGCUGACAUCACAGGGACUCCUCUCUUCCAGGAGCUGGAGCUGCCGUGCCGACUGGCCAUGAGGCAGCGCUCCCGCACCUACAGCGCCUCGUCCAUGGGCCGCCCCUCACGCCAGACAUCAACUACCUGAAAGUCCCGUGACGCAAUAUGUAACCCCGCCCCCUCAAUCCCUGCUGUUUCCCUUUCAACCCCCGCCUGCUGUCGCACACUGCCUCAGACUCUGUACCACAGGAAGUUACCUUGGUGGCUUCAGAGCAGCGAGAUAACGUCCUGUUCCUGUUACUCACACACAUGCCGUUACGUCUCCGCACACCGACAUGCUGCCCUCCUCCCGAUUUUAGUCCCACCUACAGGUGAAAGAAGAUUUUAAAGCAGCAGCUGAUCUGUAACGUUCUGACCCGACUGGACUCAAGUCGACCAACAAAUAAUUCUUAGAGAAGCAGACGGACCGCGUCCAUCAGCUCAGUGUCGACUAACCAUUGAUCAGCUCAUUGAUUCUGAAAUGUUGACGUGAUGAAAUAAUCCUCCUCGCUCUGAGGUCAUUAAUGAACACGCUGAGAAUUAUUAAACGUACGAUCUGACUCCAGUCUGGUCCGAACGCGCUGCUCGCUCCCAACAUUCAGCCAGUGUUGACCCACCCACGCCACACCUCAGGUAUCAAACCAAGAGGACGAUCCAAAGGGGCCUUUGAUCAUCUAUCUACUGGUGACCAGUCUGAUCACUGGUACGAGCACUAAGCGGUGUUCUGACACCUGAUAUGCCUGAUUUGGGAGACCAAAAAAGACCCUCUCUUUUUUCCUACGUGUUUUUUUUUUUUUUUUUUUUUUUUAAGAGAAGGUGAUGUGUGUCGCAGAGAAGAGUUUAUGAAUCAGAUCAGAUAUGAUUUGCCUUUAGAAGGAGGCGUGCAGCGCCUCUGGAUGAAUGAAUGAUGCUGAGCCUCUGUCUUUCUGCAUGUACCUGAUAGGAAGGUGAAGGGGUGAGUGUGAGUCUGUGAUCUUAAAGCCAGUACCUGGAAGCAGUUUUUUUUAGUGUGUAAAUUUCCACGAUGACUCUGAGGUGCUCAAUCAUUUCUCCAACACCUCCUCUUUAAUCUGUGUAAAUACCUGAAGGGAAAAUGUGUUUAUAUCUUUUCUCUUUGUGAAUCAGAAGACGUGUGGGACUGAUGUGUACAUACUGUAAGGCUCCGGUGCUUGUAAAUGGCUUUUCAUAAGGAAACUGUAAGAUAGUGUGAAAUAUACCGUGGGAGAGGAACAAAUAGGUACAGAGGUGUGACACUGACACGCCAGGAAAAUAAAAAACAUGUCAGCAUCAGGUGAUAACGUGAAGAGUUUCCUGAUAAAACAAAAUGGUUGUCACGUUUUUACAACAUGUUUUUUAUGUUUUAAAAAGAAAAGUUUCACAAAAGAUAAAAUAUAUUGUAGUAUAUUGAUAUAACAAGAAGUUUCUUAUUCUACAAGUUUUUGUUACAAUUGAAAAGUUUCUUGUUAUGACAUGAAAAUAUCUUGAUAUAAUUGAAAAUAUCUUGAUAUAAUUGAAAAGUUUCCUGUUAUAACAUGAACAUAUCCUGUAAAAACAUGACAACAUCUCAUUAUAACGAGGAGCUUUUCCUGUUGUUACCUAAUGCUGAUGUUUUUGGUUGUUUUCCUGGCGUGGCGUCGGUACACUUCCUGUAGCGAGGAGACGAUCUCUGCCAUUAACACAUAGCUGAAUGUGACAGUGUGACCUCCAGAGACCGAUGAUGGUGCGUCACCUCUUUGAUUCUCAGUGUUUUGUUUUCACAUGUUCGGGGUACUGAGCGGAGGGAAAGGGUUCACCCUGCGCUGAGCACCAGAGCUGAACCCGCCGGACCAGAGUGCCAUUUGAACGUCAGUUAAGUGUACUUUUCUGUAACUGAUAACUCACCUCACAUUUAUCCGAAAUUGUGCUCCCAUGAUCCUCCGACCCCGCCCAGCUGGCGUUCCCGGUGAAGCACGACACACACUGAGGUCCUCCGGUGAAGAAGAGAAAUAGCAUUUAGCCAGGAGGAUGAUGAUGUUUCAUCCCCUCGACGGCGUCUGCUGGGGACCUGGACCUGAUGUUGGUCAUGUGAUCCACACGAGCAUUGUUUUAUGUAUAUAAGAAGUGCUGGGAGAGUCACAUGACCCGUUUGUAACUUCACACACACACAAACUGCUAAUUGUAACGUGCUUUCAAUGAUUGUACUUUUCUAAGGAUCUUCUCUUUUUUUAUUUUACUAAACGCAGUUUUUGAUUCUUCUUCAGGGUUUUUUGAUCACUGUAAAGUCUCGACUGUGUCUCACACAGGAAGUCAAACUGAUGUUCGUCCGUCCGUCCGUCCGUCCUCUCAGCUCACUGAAGACGAGUCAUUCAUGUUGUAGAAUUAUCUCCUCAGAGUUUAAAUCAGACUGAACUCCACCGUAACAGGUGGAAACAGGAAGUUAAGUUCCAUAAUGGCGUUUAGGGGGAAUGUGAAAACUGGAGCUGCAAAUUCAGACGAAAGUUUGUGAACUACAGUUCGUGGGUUCUGUUACUGACGUGUUGACAACAUUUGUAAAAUCACUGUUUUACAUAAUCACCUGAAUUAUCUGAACAAAUUAUCUGGAACAUUUGCUAAAAGUCCUUUGAGAAUGUUUGUGGAGGAUUUUCAGCAUAAAAGAAGGAAACUUUCACACCCUAAAUCACCUCCAGUAGCUCGUCAGCCUUCUACCUUUAAGUCAGCAUCAUCGACACUUGUGUUUUCUCCUCCAGAUUCUCUUCUUCUCUCUCAAACCAAGAAAAUGUGAUGAUUCUGUAGGUCUUUUGUUGACUUGUAUUCCUCCUCCUCCUGACCACAGUUCAGUUGAAAAUCAGACCCACGUUGUGAACCUCUAACGAUCUGUCUGGAUGUGUAGUCGCCUGUUUUGUGCACACACCCUGUUUUCUGUCCAUGUUCCACUGUAAAUAUGUUUAUUUGCUUUAUUUAUGUUCGAUGCCGUGAUCAAUCCGUUUGGGUUGGUGUUAUUUUGAAUGCGCUUCAUGCGAUGGAGCGCGUUGGAAUACGAUGACUUCUUACAAGUCUAAAUUUAAUAAACUGUUCUAUACCGUUUGUACA